GCCUGCUCCUCGAACAUUCUGCGAUGACCUUUCCAUUGCAGUAAAGAUCAUUGAAACAAAGGGUUAUCUUAGUGUCAUCACGCGACGGUAGAUACAUAUGCAUCCGAUCGAAUCGUAAGGCAAUAUUCAUAAUAGGCAGAUCAAAAACAAACUUCAGUUACAAACGGUUCAGAGACAUUAGUAAAGUUUGCUCGGCGCUGUGAGGAUGGCCAAGGCGAGAAUCUCUAUUUCAUUUUGUGCAGCGUUUUCCAUUGUCUUGGUGGUGAUGGUGGCCUGCCUUUUUGUUUUACUCAGGAGAGAUGAAACCAGCACAGAAACAGUCGCUGAAACAACAGAAAACUCUCAAGAACCGGAGGUCAAACCACAAGGCAACAACUCUUUCACAGUCAACUCUUCUUCAACAAUCGAGCCGCACUCAGCUCACAAACGCCAUCACCGUCAUCACAAGCAGUUUUGUCGCAAGUGCUGUCAUACGCCACCAUGCUGGUACAAUAACCACAAGGAAUGCAGCAAGUGUGUAAAAAAAGAACAAUUGAAACACUCUGUAGAAAGAAUUCUCAGACGAUCACACAAGAAAGCUACUCAUCACCACCGGACCCAGAAAAAUGCCUCGAAGAAGUGAAGAUGAGCCGCGCAAAACAGACAUACAGGAUACGAACACUAUUAAGAACUUUCGUCUCGUCAUUCACAACUCCUGGAAACUCACGACAAAUCUCAUUGGCUCGUGCAAAUCCGCCCUAGUCCCCACCUCUAGAGCGCGCCCAAGACUGAGCACACGCCGACUACAGAGGACGUUUUUCCACCAUCCAACACUUUCAGCACUGGCAACUGUUGAUUAACAGUUACUUUCUCAUGCAUGCGAAUAAACAACUAUAAAGAGCGAAAUCUCGUAUACUGUGAAAUACUACCGCUGGAAACGUAAGAAUACCACAAAGGGAGGAAAGUUUGUAUCUCGACACUAUUGGACAAAUUGAGUUUUAGCAUUGCCGCUGGUCUCCACAUGUACAGUUUGCAAUUACAGUUUAGGUCGCUUUUAUCCAUAACCUAUAUUGUGAAGUGCAAGAAAUACAGAAUUUCAAAUGUAGAUGUAACUAUAUAGAGUAUCGACUGUAAAUAGAAUUCAGUUCUUAAGGUUUUGUUUUCAUGCAAAUGUUUUAAUUGUAAACCCUACUGGGGUUUAAAAAAUUUAAAUAAUAAAGGAGAAAUGAAAUCAA